AUGUUGCAACAUUUGAGGCCAUUAUCUCGUUCGUUGAUAUUAAAUCCUAAAAGCAAAUCAACUUUCUUUCAAAAUUCAAAUAUUUUCCUUAGACAACGCCAAGUAUCAUGGGUUCAAACAAAAACUGAGGAAGUUCAAACUGGUGAUUAUCCUGACCUACCCACUAAAUUAUAUUUACAUAGACCACCAUUGGGCUGGGAUGAUAUACAAGAAAGAAGAAAUAUUGGAGAACCGAUUUCAGAAGAAUUUGACGCAUUAAGCGUUUGGAGUUUUGAUGCUUAUAAAGGAGAUACUUUUAAAUGUUUUAGACAUUUGUGUUAUUUCGGUUUUGCUAUUGGAGUGACUACUUUUAUAAUUUAUGUAACUUUACCAGAAGAUAAAGCGGUUAAAAAAACAUAUCCUUAUAAUGGAUUAUUAGUUGAAUUAGGAGGUAAUCCAUCCAAACCAGAAGAUAAAUAUUUAGCAGCAAGAUAG